GGGCUGUGACGUCAUCACCAAGCGCCCAAACAACUGGGCGGUGUGAGGAGACACGAUGUUGAGCAGGCUCCAGGAGCUGCGCAAGGAGGAGGAGACACUGCUCCGUUUGAAGGCGGCACUGCACGACCAGCUGAACCGGCUCAAGGUUGAGGAACUGGCCCUCCAGUCAAUGAUUAGUUCCAGAAGAGGGGAUGAGAUGCUGCCUUCUCAAGCUGCACGUGAACAGUCACACGAUCAGAUGUCGGUGCAUGUAGACAAUGAAGCAUCAAUCAACCAAACUGCAUUGGAGCUGAGCACAAGAAGCCAUGUGACACAAGAGGAGGAGGAGGAGGAAGAAGAAGAAGAAUCAGAUUCCUGAAGUGGGGAAAGAGCCAGGAUUAGUUAUACAAAUUAAAUUUCGAAGUCUCAGAAACUUCCUUCCAAAUAUUCUUGCCAUGGGCCCUCCCGCCUGCUUUAAAGAGAGCAAGAACUUCAGGAGGAUGCACACUUGCGAAACUGGUUCCAUCAAUAAUUCAAGUUUCAGAAUGCUUUACCAAAAAUUAGCAGCACGGGGAAAAGUAAAGAUGCAGUGUCUGAGCAUUGAGCAAUAUGGGUGGUGCUGUGUCUGUAUUCUGGUCAGAUCCAGUAAUUGUGUUCAAAACAGAACAUUUCCUUUGAAGUGCUAUUGAGAAAGUCUGACAUUUGCCAAAAGGGCAGAGUGUAAGUAUAAGCCAGCCUUUCCGAUCAACAGUGCCUCUUGUAAGCAAAUCAGUGUCAGGCUGUUUGCAUACCAUUGUACCCUUGUAAGCAUAGCCAAAGUCUAGGAAAGAAAGAAGACAAGGACAGAAGGCCACUUGAGGGCACAAGCUUUUGCCACUUCUCAGUGAUGUCCUGAAACACUGUCCACUACGGACUGUUUUGUGUGGCUGUCAUCCCAUCUAGGUUGAGACACCGAUAAAACGUGCUUAGAAAUAAAGGAGAUGAGUAGCCAUCGUGCAGCCGCUGGUUUCCAGAUAGCAAUAGGGAAAUGGAUCAGUUCCUCCUCCGGGGGAAGGAGUACGGCAGGAUGGUUUAAAAUGCACUUCUUCACUUAGGAGGAAAUGUGUCAUUAGGGAAGGAAUCACCUUGCUUGGGGGAUUGGACUUUUAAUAAAGAGAUGAUAGUCACAGAGUAAGUGUUGUUAAAACUUGGUAUUUGAAGUUGAGAUUUAUUUCUGGAUACUCUCCCUUUGCCAUUGAAUGUACUGGUUAGUUACCUAACUUUGUAGAAAUAACUUGCCCUGUCCAUACAACAGAAAAGCCAAACACAAAGAACCUCCUCAAGCAGAACUUAAGUAGCUAUUCCAGAAAAGAGAACAUGUUAAUUUUCAUUAAAGUUAUUUUGAGCUACUCAUACAGGAAGUAGCAGGAAGUUUAAAUGAACAUGUUUCUUAGAAAACAAUGUGAAGAUAGUUUUUUAUCAAGGUUAUACAUUUUGGGGUCUAACUUAAAAUAUGAGCAUGGGUUGUAAGAGCUGGAAAACUGGUUCUGCACCCCAGCCCUACCACUAUCUGAUUGCUUGCCCUCUUGCAUCUUUGAACUCUCACUUUUCUGUCUGUUAAAUGAGGGUAUUUGUACCUAUUUUUACAGGUUACUGAGAUAACUGAAAAAUCCAAUUAGUGCCAGUGUUUAAGAAAUUUGAGGAAGGAAUUUGACAUGAGGAACUCAACACAGCAAGACAUGCAGGGAACAUUCUGGAGAACGAGAUAAUUCUUAGUAAUUACUGGG